CAAAACUGGAAUGAAUUAGGCUGAGAUGACAUUAGACUUCACUCCCUCUGCACAAGCCCCUGCUCUGUGGCUCUCUGGAACAGACUGCAAGCAUGGAUCUGGAACACAAUCAGUCCACAGAUUACUAUUAUGAGGAAAAUGAAGUAAAUGGCACUCAGGAUUAUAGUCAGUAUGAAACGCUCUGUGUCAAAGAGGAGGUCAGAAAUUUUGCCAAGGUAUUCCUGCCUGCCUUCUACGCAGUGGCUUUUAUUGCCGGAAUUGCAGGAAAUUCCACAGUGGUGGCUAUCUACGCCUACUACAAGAAACAGAAAACCAAGACUGACGUGUAUAUCAUAAAUCUAGCAGUGGCCGAUUUGCUUCUGCUCAUCACCUUGCCAUUUUGGGCGGUGAACGCAGUGCGUGGUUGGGUACUAGGGAUACCAAUGUGCAAACUGACUUCAGCCUUAUUCACCAUAAACUUUGUCUCUGGAAUGCAGUUUCUGGCCUGCAUCAGCAUGGACAGGUACUGUGCAAUAACUAAAGCUCCAGGUCAUCAACGAGUUGGAAGACCGUGCUGGAUCAUCUGUGUCAGCGUCUGGCUCAUUGCAAUAUUGCUGAGUGUACCUCAACUAGUUUUUAAUACAGUGAAUGACAAGAAGAGAUGCCUGCCUACAUUUUCACACCACAUAGGAACAACAAUUAAGGCAUCGAUUCAGAUUCUGGAAAUUUGCAUAGGUUUUGUCUUACCCUUUCUCAUAAUGGCAGUUUGCUAUUCUCUGACCGCGAGGGCACUUGUCAAGAUACCCAACCUGAAGAAAUAUCGGCCCCUCCAGGUCCUACUGGCGGUAGUGGUUGUUUUCAUUGUCACUCAGCUGCCAUAUAACAUCGUCAGGUUCUGGCAAGCCAUCGACAUCAUCUAUUCGCUGAUUAUUGACUGUGAAAUGAGUAAGCGUAUGGAUGUGGCCAUGCAAAUCACAAAAAGCUUGGCCCUUUUUCAUAGCUGUCUCAAUCCAAUCCUGUAUGCUUUUAUGGGAUCUUCUUUUAAAAUGCACAUUACCAAAAUGGUGAAGAAAUAUGGCUACUGGAGGAGACAGAGACAAAAUCCAGAAGACAUUCCCUUUGAUUCCGACGGACACAUGGAGACAACAAGUACUUUUAGUAUCUAGCAGACAGGCUGUUUUCUUUGUUCACUGGGGUGGCAUGAUGCUGCUCAAUGUAUUCUAAUAUGGGAGAACAUAUCUGUAUUUAUCAGACUCAAAUUUCAGUGUGGGACACUAAGACAUAUAUCUAGACAAGACAGUUUUGCAUCUUGCAGCAAAAACACAGCAUAGAAAUAUAAGCCACGUUCCCCCUUGUGACCUCAAAAAAUCUAGCAGUGCACUAAAUGAAUUAAAACAAUAACAACUACAGGAGGAAGAAAGGAAACCAGCAGAGACCUGGGAAAUGAACAAGCAAAGAAAACUCCUAAGCAAUAAAAGACACAGCACAGGGUAAGAGAAUGCUAAGAGAAAUCUCUGAAGGUAGAGAAUAAUCUGUAAUAAAUAAAAUCACAGAAAGAGGGCUACAGCAUACAUGACAACUCUUAAGAAUCGUUGGAAGGCCUAGUAAAACAAUCAAGGGAAUAGAUAAAGAGGGAAAUUAGAGCCCUCAGCGAAAAACUCAAAAUGAGAAUGAGUGGCUUAGAACAGAAGUUGGAAGACCCUGGCCAAGCAGGAGACACCUACAAAAAGAACAGAGGAGAUAGUGUUCGAAAAUGGUUAUUACAGCAAAGUCAAAAGAGAACAACAGUGGAAAAACAUGUGAGAUCUCUUUGGUCAAAAAUAAAAAUCUUAGACGUAUUCCAGAAAAGACAAAAGAGCACUAACUGAUUAUCAAAUAAAGAGAAAAACUACGAUACCUUCAUCUAGCCAUUACAUCAAAAAGGUGAAUUUACUCACUACAAAAAAACCAACCAACCAACCAAUCAAAAAAAAAAAACCCUCAAGAAAAUAAAAAAGGUAAACACUAAUUUAUCCAGCUACAGAAACCGAGAGUAGCAGGUAGCACAAUUAGAGGUAAAACCAACGGUUGGCAGAAGGGACCACUGAGAAGAGAGCAGGCACUGAGGGGAGGCUAGCCAGAGGCCCCUGAGGAGAGGCAAACAUAGAGCUGGGAAGCCUUCCAGCUCCCAUGGCCUCUGACAGCUUAAGCCAGGAAGACCCAGGUCAGUCCAUCAGGCACUGUCCCACAGGGCCAGAAGACCUCAGUGCUAUAGUGAUGAAUCCACAGCCUGGGUGGUUAAGCACCCAAGAAGCAUGGACUAGGAAGGGAGUCAGAAAAAAGGCAAACCUUCUAUUUAGAGGAUUACUCUACAUUAUAUUAGGUGCUGAAAGUUUGUAGCUACAGAAAUUACCUGCCCCUGAGAGCCUUGAAAAACUCAGCACUCUGUACAAAGAGGAUGCAGGUGAACCUGGGACCUGCUGGCAUGGGUGUGAGGGGAACCAGGCAGUGGGCCCACCAUCUCGUACAAGUGUACAGAAGCAGUCAGACUCUAGCCAUGACAAAAAAUCCUAAUUUAGGAAGGAAAGCAUGAAAUAUGAAUAAACAGAAGAAAACAUUUAUGACAAAAAGAAAAAGGCAUCCAGGGACUUUCACUGUACAAGUCUAGAGGAAGAGACUAAGUUUACAGUGACUACAGGCAGAACUUCAAACAGAAGUAUAAUUGCCCACAAGCUCUAUUAAAAUUUCUAGAAGGGAUGAAACAAGAAAUAAACAGAAUAUGUACAAAGUAAAUUAAAACUCUAGAAGAAAGAACUGGAAAAAGAGUGAACAGUUUAGUAGAAGAGAUGAAAUUUUAUACAAGUGACAGACCCUCUGGAAAUGAGAAUAGACCAAACAGAAAUAAAUGACUCCAGGAGAUAACAAGAAAUGUCAAAACAAAGUGAAAAGAAUUUUAAAAAGAAGAAAAUAUAAGGCAUCUCCUAAUAAAAACAACUCACCUAGAAAACAGAUCACAACUCUCUAAGAACAAUUAGACUAAAAACCACGACAAAAGAAAUUCAGGAUAAAUGAAAACCACCCAGACCUAUUAGAACCAGUCACCUCCUGAAAGAAACCCCCAAAUGAAAAUUCCCAGGAACAUUAUGGACCAAAUCUAGAGCUUGUAUGUUAAAAGUAAAAAAUGCUAUGCACAGGCAGAAGGAAAAAUAGCUUCUUGAUUUACCAGUUGAAUGAUUUAAAAAUUUUUUCUUUGAUGGUUCACCAUAUCUGUUUGGGGGUUUUGGGGGAGGAGGUAGUGGUGUUUUCCUUGAGUUUUUUUUGAUUGGUUUGUUUCAUACCCAUUUCACUGAUGUAGUCUUUCUCUUAUUUAUUGUUGAAAGUGUAUAGAUUUUCUAUUGUUAAAUUUUUUAAGUAUUUAAAUUUUCUACUUAGAAUUGUUUUGAGAGAUUCCUAACGGUUUUGUUAUGUUCUCUUAUUAUUUUGAUGAAACUUAAUAUUGUCUUUAAUUCUUUGACCUGUGAAUUCUUUAGAUUAAGUUGUUUAGUCACCAAAUCAUUUUUAAUGCUUCCUUUAGGGCCUACAUAAUUUUUUUAUAGUGUGAUCCCUAAAGAAUAUUUUAAAUAUUUCUGUUUUCCCACAUUUUUGAGGUUAUUAUACACCGAAACUGGUUAAUUUUUGUAAAUGUGCCAUGCAGAACUGAGAUUAUGUAUAUUCCUUUUCCCAUUAAAUAAACCAGAGAUCAAUCAUA